AUGGAUCGUUACAAUGCUGAUCAGCUCAUCAAGGAUAUGAAGUCAUUUUUGUCCGGUGUCGACCUGCAUCGAUUACGGAUAGCGGGACCUGCAUUCACUGAAUGUUUCCGCGAGCUCCUAUCAGAAGAUCUCAGUCCUUCAGGAACCAUAAAUCUUUCCACUCAGUUGCUCGAAGCUAUUUGGGAGCAAUUAAACGUGGGCUCCUGGAGGGAAGUGCCAAUGGAAUUUCGAGAACUAUACUCCUACGCGAGUUUGAUGCUAGCCGCUGGCCAUCUUCAGAACCGCGGAAAAGACGGCGACGACUACGAAAACCGGGCGAUUCUAGCGUUGGACAAAGGAUUGAUACUCGGUGCUCCGGUAGGGGACACAGCUGUCGAGAAUCGACUCGCUCACUAUGCCGAUAUUCUCCACGGCCACCGAAAUGUCCGACCCGACUCGGCCUUUAAGAGUGUCGGAGAACAAGAGAUCGAUACCGCUUCAAUGACGUCUCUCGUUUCGGAUUAUCCGGCGAUCGAAGAGAUGGCGAUGCCUUCAGUCAGCGAAGUAUUGAGGAGAAUCGAAGCUAGUUGCCCACUUAAAAUUUCUGAACUCCUCGAUGGAUGGCCUGCGUUGAGAACUUGGAGCGUUCGACACUUCCUGCAGACAAUGGGCCAGAGGACUGUGCCUGUAGAAGUUGGAUCGCGUUAUACCGACGACGAAUGGGGUCAAAAGUUGAUGACCGUAGAGACGUUCGUGAGAGAUCACCUCGGUGCGAACGGCUACUUGGCUCAGUACGGACUGCUUGAGCAGGUUCCCGCGCUCAAACGGGAGAUUAUCAUACCGGAUUAUUGCUACGCUCUCAACGAUGCCGACCCUGAAAUCAAUUUUUGGUUUGGCGGUCGGACGGUGUCUCCAUUGCAUCAAGACGAUCGGCAGAAUAUUUUCUGCCAGAUUUUCGGCACGAAACUGAUAAUUUUGUUCUCCCCGGAUCAGAAUGGAAAUCUGUACCCCUACGAUUCGCCCUUGCUGCACAACACUAGUCAAGUCGAUUUGGAGAACUUGGAUCCGAGUAAAUAUCCGAAGUUCCUCGAUGCUAAGGGACAUCGAGUGGUGCUCGGGCCUGGAGACGCUCUCCUCAUACCGAAGAGUUGGUGGCACUUCGUUAAGUCCCUGACCCCGAGCAGCUGCUCGCUUAGUUUUUGGUUUGGUUGACGCCAGCCGAGGACCUUCGGCGAGAGAGCUCUUUGGAUGCUGAAGGGUCGCCGUAUUCUCCCUCGAGCUGUCGGGGGCGACUAGUGUAGACACCGUGCUUCUUCGGUUUCGGGGGGAACGCUCGAGGAGCUCCUCAGUCGACCACCCCUCGACGCAAAUCUUGAGAUCGUCGAACGGGUUGGCAACAUAGUCACGGUCGUGAGAACAUCCGUAGGUCAGCUUCUCUAUCUCUGCGACCUCUGCGGUGUCCAGACCGAGGUGGCGACUCGCUCCCUGAAAGUCCACCUCGAAAGUCAUUACGGUUCGGAAAAGCCGUUUCCCUGCAAGUAUUGCAAUAGUUAUGCGAGCGAGCGCUUCGACUCGCUGAAGAAACAUUUCAGGACGCACACAGGCGAGAAACCCUACGUGUGUCCGAUAUGUCAGUUUCGCACAGUUACAAACUCAUCAUUCCAUCAACACUUCCGCAAAGAGCAUCAGGAUAAAGCUACUCCUGGUCACAAGGUCCAACCUAUAUUCGACUCUAUAACAGCUAAUGUAAAAUUGAUAUGAUCGAGUUUUUGGGGGGUGGUUGUUAGCGCGAGUGUAUUUACGAUCAGCAACCUUAGGAUAAGAUUGUAUUUUGGUAUCAGCGGAUCGUCCACACCUUCACACAUCCGAGACCCGCAUCUCCCUGCUGAUUGAAUGUACACUAUACAGCGAUAUGCGCGGUUCCUUACGCAGCUCUAGAUCGGGGGGAGCCGAUUCCUGUUACUCGAUGGUUCUCGAUUUCGGGAGGUCCGAUGAGGUCUUCCCGAAAGUCCAGUUACCUUAUUCAUUCGUGUGAUUCCGAGUCAUACCUCUGAUUGCGGACGGUUUUCACGAAAGUGUCGAUGCGGCUGACCCGGGAGUCCCUGGUCAUUUCCGGUUUCCACGGAGCUUCCCGUGAGGAUCUCUCGAAGAUUGUCGAGCCUUUAAGACCAUCCUCCCAUAGCGAGUCCUUGUUUUAAACUUCCGAAUCGGACGCCUUGUCUAUUCUACCCAUCUAGGUAAUUUUUUUGGGACGCCCUCACAUUCCAGGACUGUUUUUGGGAACUCAUCGGCCGACUUUACCCAAGGACGGGCAAAUCGCAGAUUGAGAUGCAGUACCAGUAUGACGCAGGCGUCCCAGUCCAAGCUAGGCCUAAGAUGUUUAGUUCCUAUAUUCUGUGAGACUAGUCGGGACUGUGUCAUAUGCAUACGGCCGCCGGGCGCGGUC